GGGUAUCAUAUGGCAGGAAAAACAAAAUUCUUGGGAUCGGCAGCCGGCGACGUCUCUGGUUUGCACUGAAAUUGAUUUUCUGGCCGAAUUCCUCCGUUGUCAGACAUGCUUUUGCGGUGCAUUUCGAGUUGUGCCAGAUCCUCACUGAAGAUUCGCCAUCUGGAAAAGACGAAGAGUUUCUCUCUAUCAGCUUCGAUUGAUCCGAGUCCUUUGAAAAGGCCCAUUUUGACUUAUUCCCAGCAGAUUUUCAUCAGAAGACUGAUCCACAGCAACUACGACAGAACAAAGCCUCUUGAUUUGCAGACAUACGACCACAUUUGCAGCGAAACCCUCGAAUCUUUGACUGAAUUCUUUGAGCAAGCUGUCGAGGACUGUCCUCACUUAAAAGACCCUGACGUCACAUUUGGUGACGGCGUUUUGAGCAUUCACUUCGGACCUCCGUACGGAAGUUACGUAAUUAACAGGCAAAGACCAAACCUGCAAAUUUGGCUCUCGUCCCCAACCAGUGGUCCCAAAAGAUACGAUUUCAUCGAUGGCCGGUGGAUUUACAAGCACGACGGAGUUUGUUUGCACGAUUUGCUAGAAAAGGAAACUUCGGAAAUUUUAAAAAGACCGGUUGACCUUUCAAACUGCACUUUCUACAAAAUUUAAAACUUUUAAAACUGAUAAAAAUAUAAUUUCAAAUUUUGUGCACUAUGGAGUUGAUGGAAGAUGGGAAUUUGAUGGACCGGGUGCAGAUUCUGCUGCAGAGGGAUUUGGGCUACUACGAAGAGCACCACACGGUUUUGCAGGAGAAUCUGUGCCUCGG